AUGUUCACUGCCAAGAUUAAGACAGCCCUUGACACACUGAUGAACCGAAGACAUGAAGCAGGAAUAGAUGACAGCAAUGCGUACCUGUUCAGUAAUCAGCGAGGACUGGGACACAUAAGGGGAACUGACACACUUCGAGAACAUGCUUCAAAGUGCAAAGCUAAGAAUCCUGAGUUCCUUCGUGCAACGAGACUUCGCAAACACAUUGCUACAGUAUCACAAGUAAUGAAUCUUCAGGAAAACGAGCUCGACCUGCUGGCGAGCUUCUUAGGUCAUGAUGUCAGAACCCAUCGUGAGUUCUACCGCAUGCCAGAGUCAACACUUCAAGUUGCCAAACUGUCAAAGGUCCUUCUCAAGAUGGACAAAGGUGAUGUGCAGGGACUAGCUGGAAAAAGACUGAAGGAUGUUGAACUGGACCCUAGUGAAGAAUACGAUACAGAUGCGAUGUCGGAAUCGUCAGGUGAUGAGAGAGAUGAUGAGCCUGAGGAACCCAUGAGUCUGAAUGAGGAAGCAAAAGAUGCAGAUGGGACAAAGCUUGUUGUACAGCAGCAAACAAAGAGGCCAUGGACUUGUGCUGAAAAAAAAGCAGUUGUGAAACAUCUGGGCAUGUUCCUGAGGAUGCGGAAGGGACCCAUCACUGCAUUGAUGAAUGCCGAACCCCAGCUGCUCAAGAAUCGUACUUGGAGAAACGUAAAAGACUUAGUGAGGAACCAGGUCCGAAAACAAGAUCCAAUGAGCUUUCUGUAG